AUGAGUUUUCUAAGAAGGGACAAGUCAAAGACAGGUUUGUUUUCUGCUGGUCAGAAAUACUAUGAGGAUCCACCUUCACCUACAUGUGAGCUCACGUCCAGUGGAGCCUUUUAUGACCCGUCAAAGUCGUCCUCGUUUCCCAAUUCCAAUAUCUUUUUCAAAAACGAUGCUUCUGGUGCUGGUGCUGGUGCUGGUGCUGGCGGUGCCGGCGGUGCUGGUGACAUUGAGUAUACUUAUCACGACCAUCUUGACAAUGAGUAUUCGCCACGCUCAUCUAUAGUCUCAAUGAGCCAUCCGGCUCCAGGCAAUUUAAAAGACAACUACAAGGGCAUUCAUGCAAACAGUAGAGGUAAAAGUGUCGGCAACAUUCCACCACUAUUACACCCAAUUAAACCAAAAUUCAAAAAGAAGAGCAGCUCGCUAUUUAACAAGCUAAUCAGCUCGAGAAAAGAUGGCACUGAAGAUGAUGAAAAGAAAAAGUUUGCUACAUCUUCGGAAGCUUCCAUAUCACCUCCACAGUCCUUGUCGUCUUCGCGAGCAAACUCAAUCUCCGAAGAGCAUCUGCAGCAUCUACAGCCGGCACCACUAUCAUUACAACCAUCUUCACACCAACAUCAACGCAAGAGCAACUCGUCAACGUCCUCGUGCCACUCAAAGCACAAGAUUAGAAUUGCUUCAUUGACAGAUUAUCACCCACACCACCCUUCCACAGUACUGGCAAACCUGUUGCAAAUGUCCCAGCCAGACACUUUGUAUAACUUUCGAAAAGGAUACGAUUUUGCGUCCCCGCUGCCAGGAACAUCUCAUAAGGAGCCCUCGUUUUCCUCGCUACCUUCGUCGAGUCCUUCUGAUAAAAUGAUUUCAUUAGAUUUGAACCUUGAUGAGAUACAGGAUAUCGUGAAAAGCAACGAAACUGUUGCACCUAAACAAAACUGGAAAGCGCCUGAUAGUUGGGAUGUAAAAGCUCCAAAGACUGAGGAGAUGAUCCUGGUGCAACUGCAGCAGCAACUGAUGCGAGAUGAGCUAUCCAAGGAGACAGCAACGACAGCAAACACAAUAGCAACGACAUCAACGUCAUCAACGACGACGACUGCUUUGGUAUCAGUAACGAAAACAUUGCCUCUGCUUUAUGGUGCAAGAGAAUCAUUGCAUGUUGUAAACACUGUCGAUCCAACACCCAAUCAUAUAAUUAGGGUAUUCAAAGAGGAUGGUACAUUCACAACCAUAUUAUGUUCUUUAGAAGCAACCACUUGUGAGUUACUUGCAAUUGUUCAAAGAAAGUUCUUUUUGGAGUCUGCAUCGAAUUAUCAGUUAACAGUGCAUAUUGGUAAUUCCGUUAAAGUGUUGGAAAGUUUUGAAAAACCAAUAAAGAUCCAAUUGGGACUCUUGUUGCUCAGUGGAUAUAAUGAUGAUGACAAUUUACGAAUUAUUGGGAGAGGCGAUUUAUCUUAUGUCUGCAGAUUUAUUGUUGAGAACAUCUACUUGCGGAGUUUAACACAUGAAGAAGAGGUUGCUUUGUCCAAAAACUAUGUGGAUGUCAACAUUUCUUCUUUAAACUUGAAGAACAUACCAAUUAUUUUUCAUCAACAUACCUAUGAGAUUGAAAAAUUGAAUGUUUCUGAAAAUCCCUCCAUUUACAUUCCUUUGGACUUUAUUCAGUCAUGCACGAACCUAACUGUUAUAGACUCGUCUCGAAAUGGGAGCUCCAAGUUCCCAAUCAAUUUCCUUGAAGCCACAAACUUGACAGAUCUCAAUCUUGAAAUGAACUUUUUGGAUGAACUCCCUAUGAAUAUCAAUUUAUUGGAAAACUUGACCCACUUGAAGCUCAACUCUAAUCAGCUAAUAUCCCUUCCCAAAUCAUUUGGCAAACUUUCAAAAUUAGUCUCCCUCAAUUUGUCUUCAAACUACUUUAAUCAGUAUCCUGAACCUGUAAAUGAUUUGCAAAAUUUAAUCGAACUAGACUUGUCUUAUAAUGACUUGUAUUAUUUACCAAACUCAAUUGUUAAUUUAAAAGCUUUACAAAAGUUGAACUUGUGCACUAAUAAACUUUCCAAAGUUUUGCCAAAGUUUUUCAGCGAGUUAAAGUCUUUGAAAAGAUUAGAUAUUCGAUAUAACCAGAUUUCCAAUGUUGAUGUUUUGGGUCAGUUGCCAGCGUUGGAGGUGUUGUAUGCAUCGAGGAAUAAUAUAUCAGGAUUCUGUGACCAAAUGGAAAAUCUCAAAUUGCUUCAUUUUGAUAAGAACCCAAUCACCUUGCUUCAAUUUGUUAACCCAUUACAGAUGCUUAACGUUUUGGACUUGUCUAAAGCAAAAAUCACAUCUAUACCUCCUGCAUUUAUUGAAAAUAUCUCAAAUGUAGAAAAAGUGGUUCUUGAUAACAAUCACUUGGUUAUUUUGCCCAACGAAAUUGGGAAUCUCAGCAAGCUUACGCACCUUUCAAUAUAUUCCAACAACUUACAAUCAAUACCAGUGACAAUAGGGAAUCUCUUCAAUUUGCAACACUUGGACCUUCAUUCAAAUAAUAUUCAAUCUUUGCCAUCUGAAAUCUGGAAUUUGCAGUCUUUAACAAUAUUGAAUAUUGCCAGCAACAAUCUCACAGCAUUUCCCAAACCACCAUUUGCAAUUGCCAAGAGGAUAUCCUCAUCAACUAACUUGGUGGAUUUACCAACGCUAUCCCGAUCCCUAGCUGAUAGUUUAUCAGUCUUGACUAUUGCCGAUAACAGACUAAAUGACGACUGUUUUGAGCCAAUAUCUUUUUUGAUUAGCCUAACGUCAUUGAAUGUUUCCUAUAAUGAUUUAGUUGAGAUUCCUGAAGGAUCCAUUGUUAAUUUGGUAAAAUUAAGGGAUCUAUACUUAUCGGGGAAUGAAAUAUCUACCCUCCCGGAUGAGCUAGUCCAACUUAAGACGUUAAAGUUAUUAUACAUAAAUAACAACAAGUUAAUCACCCUUCCAGCAAAACUUAGUCAAUUGAAGAAUCUAAGCCAUUUUGAUGGUGGCUCCAACCAGUUAUAUUACAACAUAUCAAACUUUCUCUAUGAUUGGAAUUGGAAUUCAAAUAAAAAGCUCAAGUUUUUGAAUCUUAGUGGAAACAAGAGAUUUCACAUCAAGGAUAUCAAGCAUACUCAAAAUGAAGAGAUGAAUGGUUUUCUUGGUUUAAAGGAAUUGAAAGUGCUUGGGUUGAUUGAUGUUACCCUUACAACCACUUCACUUCCUGAACAGUCGAUCGAAAAGAGAGUCCGCACAACGGGAUCAGAAAUUGACAAUAUUGGAUAUGGAGUUUCCGAUACAAUGGGUGGUAGAGAAUUUGUUUCCAAUAGAGAUUUGUUUAUUCAAAAAUUUAGAGGAAACGAAAAGGAGUUACUCGUAUGCUCUUUUGAUGGGAAACAUGGUUCGCCAAACCACGGACACAGAAUAUCUGCUAUCGCAAAAGGGAUGUUUGCAUCAAGCUUUGCAGAGGAAUUGAUGAAAGUAAACGAUGAAGAUGACAAGGUUCAUAUUGCUUUGCGAAGAGCAUUUUUAAAUUUCAACAAGGAAAUAAAUGGAACAUUGUUGGCCAAAAAGGACAAUACAAUUAUGCCACUCCCCUACAAGUCAAAGGACUUUAGUGAUUUGAAUUUAACCGACGAUGCGAGAAGUGGAGCUGCAGUGACGGUCAUCUAUAUUAGAGACAAGAAAUUGUACAGUGCAAAUAUUGGUGAUAUCGAGGCAUUGCUUUGUCAAAACAAUGGAAAUUUCAAGGUGUUGACAAAUGCACACAAACCAACGAACCGUCAAGAAUUUGAAAGAAUCAGAGCUGCUGGUGGAUACGUAUCUGGAAGUGGGGAUUUGGAUGGUGACUUGGCAAUUUCUCGCGGUGUCGGCUUUUUUUCAUACCUUCCUCAUACGCACUCUGGACCGGAUGUCAACGAACUUACACUUACUCCAGCUGAUGAUUUGUUAAUAAUUGGUACCAAAGUGUUGUGGGAUUUUCUCACAUAUGAGUUUGCCGUCGAUAUCAUUCGACAAGAUAAACACAAUCCUAUGGUAGCUGCGCAGAAGCUAAGAGACUUUGCCAUUUCGUAUGGUGCUUCGGACAAAAUCACAGUGAUUGUGUUGACAUUUGGUGAAAAACCUAAACAGAACUCGUUGUACAAGAACGUUGGACGCGAAGCUGAGUUUUUUGCAAAAAAGAGGAGAGAUAGACAAAUUGGCGGAGAUUCUGCACUUCGGAGAUUGGAUAAUGAAAUUGAACCCCCAACGGGAGAAUUGGCAUUGGUAUUCACCGAUAUCAAGAACUCCACCUUGCUCUGGGAUACGUAUCCAGUACCGAUGAGAUCAGCUAUUAAAACUCAUAAUUCCAUAAUGAGACGCCAGUUGAGAAUUAUUGGUGGGUACGAAGUCAAAACAGAAGGUGAUGCAUUUAUGGUUGCAUUUCCAUCGCCAACGUCAGCAUUGUUGUGGUGCUUUAAUGUUCAGCAGAAUUUGUUGACUGCUGAUUGGCCGACAGAAAUUCUCGAGACUGACCAGUGUUGUGAAGUGACCGAUGGCAAGGGCAACAUUAUCUACCGCGGUUUGUCUGUUCGUAUGGGAACACAUUGGGGCUCUCCUGUUUGUGAGCCAGAUAUUGUUACUGGAAGAAUGGAUUAUUUUGGACCCAUGGUGAAUCGAGCUUCAAGAGUGAGCGCGAUUGCGGAUGGUGGACAAAUUGCAGUUAGUUCAGAUUUCCUUGCAGAAAUGAAGGCUUUAACCGCUAUUCAUGAGGACAUCAAAAGUAACAAAAAGACAAUUAGUGAUGCGUACCAUGGAGAAGAAAAUGCCGGAAGAGUUAUAGAGAGAGAGUUGAAUGCAAUUGAAGAUCACGGAACUAAUUUUUACAAAAUAGGAGAGAGAAAGUUGAAAGGUUUGGAAACGCCAGAGAUGAUAACUUUAGUAUAUUCAAGUAGGUUAAAGUUGCGUUUUGAAAUUUUCCAAAAGAGAUUGGAUGUGGGUGAAAAUCAUAGUACUCGGGUUAUUGGCACCCUCCCAAUGGACUGCAUUGCUGCAAUACACGAGAUUUCAUUACGUCUUGAAAAUCUUUUAUCGUUUAUGAAUGGAGGUACCUAUAUUAAGGAGGGAUUCAAACAAACUCAAAAGACUCGGGAUAUUUCGGUACAAGAUUUACUAAAUGCAGUUACAAGAAUCGAAAACUCUGUUACUACAUUGUUUAUAAGACAAAGGAUGAAUAAGGGUAAAGUUGGUUUCAAUACAGAGUCAUUAACGCUGGUGUUAAAUGAGUUGACUGAUACUUUGGCCAAAGUUCAGUAA